AUGUCCCCUGGCAGUGGCGAGCGAACGAGUGGAUUCUGGAACCAACUUCUAGCAAUAUAUUGCUGGUGGGGAUGGCGUGAUGCCUCGGCUGCGUCGGUAGAUGGCGCUGGUGGUGAUGGAGCAUGCCCAGAUCUCCGACGACCUGUGGUUUUCUAUUCCUUCUUGCUUCCCCCAGAUCUCGACCCCUCCGUCGUCGCACAUCUGGGCGCCGGUGAUGUGCUCCGCGUGAGAGACUUCACCCCCGACGCAGCCAGGCGAGCCAUCGCCGGGCUGGAGGGCAGGAGCCGCUUGCUCCUGGACCUGACGCAGGGGUCCUUCAGAGAGACGUUUGACGAGGCCAUCCUGCGGGCCGGCCCCGAGCAUGCUGGCCUGUCGUUGGGCGCCCUGGACUGCAACAUGCACAUGCGCUGGUGCGACAGCGCCCUGGGAGGCGUCGAGCUGUGGACCGCCCUGCGGUUGUUCCGUGCUGGCGAUUCUCCAAACGAGGGCAUCCACAUUCCCACCUCGGCUUUCACUGCCAACGAUACGGAAGGAAAUGUGGGACGGCUGUUGGCCAUCACUUCGUCCACGAGCAGAGGAGUCCAGCUGUUGGCGCAAGUUUGGAGGAAAGAGGCCGUGACGCAGGAAGCCUCGGCAGCUUGGGCAGCCACCGAUGAGGGCGCGGUUGUCGUGACGGACGCGUCCUUCGAUAGCGUGCUGGGACGGGCCCACCAACCAGGGCAUCAAGUCUUCAUCCUGUAUCAUGGGAGCUUGGAUGUUUGUGCCCAAGAACGGGCAGAGAUGAUGAAUGCAUUCCGCGGAUUGCAUGCGUCAGCGAAGGAAAUGGUGACCGUGGCAGUCGUAAACUGCGAUAUCCACAGAAUACCGUGCGAAGCAGCCUCACUGGCAAAAUACUCAUCGCAGCACAGCACGUGGCCUCCAACACCUGCCGGGCGACGUUGGGCCCGAAGGGCUCGGCGCUGUACAGGGGACCGCUGCUGGAGGAGGACAUCCGAGCAGCCAUGCAGGCCCGAAUCCCGAGAUCAGCACAGGCAGAGGCGCCAAAGCUGGUGGGGCCCGGUGAUGAGCUGUAGGCAGGGGAGGAGCAGCCAGAGAGUUCGAAGCGGGUUCGCUCGUGGCACUUCGUUCGGGCGACUUUCACGCGGGGCCAGCGAUAUUGAUUUGUAG